AUGAGCUGUAUCGUAGAGAGAUAUUUCAAUUUAAACAGAAUUCUUUUAUUGCUAGUAGGUUUAUGGCCUUAUCAAAAAUCAAAACUUGCUCAAUUUCAAUUGAUUUGCUUCUUUAGUAUUCUUGUAACCUUUAUUGUAUUCCAGUUAACAACAUUUAUGACUUUAAAAUGUACUAUAAAUAACAUAAUAAAGAUCUUAUCUGAUACAUUUAGUAUCCUUAUCCUUGUCAUAAAAUACAAUUCGUUUUACAUUAAUAGUAACACAGUGAAAUAUUCAAUGGAACAACUUCAGCGUAUCCAUGAUGAGUUAAAAGAUAGUAACGAAAUUGCCAUCAUAGAAAAGUAUGGAAAUGAUGCAAAACGUUAUACGACUAUACUUACAAUAAUGUUGUUUAGGUUUUUUAUCUGCAGUUUAAGUAUAGCUGUUAGUGCUCAAUUGUGGCCGGAUUUAAUGUAUGUUAUUUCAUUUGCAAAUAAAUCUCGAUAUCAUCUAUAUUUUUCAACAGAAUAUUUCAUCGAUCAAGAAAGAUAUUUUUAUUUACUAUUAUUCCACACAAAUGCAGCUGUAUGCAUAGGAUUAAUUGUCUUACUAGCGACAGGAACAUUGCUCAUAGCAUAUUUUCAGCAUGCUUGUGGAAUGUUUAAAAUUGCUAGUUAUCGUAUUGAGAACGCAUUAGAAAUUUAUGUAUCAAAAAUCAAUCUAAAAAAUGAGUAUUUGGUUUAUAGAAGUCUUAUUUAUGCUGUACAUAUUCACCAAAAAGCUAUGAUGUUUUCCGAAUAUGUAAUAUCUAGAUUUGAAAUAUCUUUUAUGCUUUUAAUCUUUUUUGGAGUAAUAACUAUGAGCCUCAAAAUAUAUCAAAUUUUUCAGAUCAUAUCAACUACAUAUAAUAUUGAGGAACUUCUCCUAACAUUUAUAGGAACAUUGUUUUGUCUAUUAUAUAUGUUCUUAGCUAAUCUUGUCGGACAAAAUAUUACGGAUCACUGUAAUCUUGUAUCUACUACGGCAUAUGAAGUUCGAUGGUACAUAACUCCUCCACAGAUACAAAAAAUGAUCCUAUUUCUUUUGCAAAGGGGCACUAAGACUUUCGGCUUGAAUGUCGGUGGACUGUUUAUAGCAUCUUUAGAGUGUUUUGCUACGCUAGCAAAUGCGUCGUUAUCUUAUUUUACUGUCAUGUAUUCUAUGCAAUAA